AGGAAGCAUGAAUCUGAGAAACACCCAGAGUAUUUCCUCUUCCUUUUGAUCUUCUUGUGCUCACUGGCAGCAGUAAAACACAUUGACAUCAACAACUGUGCUGGAGUUUGGAGCAGCGAUAUACAAAUAAUUUAUGCAUAAAUGUGCACAACUAAUGAAAUGAUGAACUCCAGACUCUCAUCUCUGAUCCUGCUGUUACACAUUCAAGACUUCCUAACAUUGGACAGCUUUACUAUGAGCUGUUAUAAACAGAAUAUUUGUGCUGUGAGAGGGGAAUGGGUGUCAGUGAGGUGCGAUUACUCAAACAUCAACAUCAAAACUGGGUUCUGGUUCAGCCAGAAACAGAAAACAAACUGGAGAAACAAAGAUGAACCUGAAGAUUUGACUUUAGAUUCAGAUUACUCAGGACGAGUGAAUCAGCGAAUCAUAAACUACAAUUCAGAGCUAAGAAUAGAUGAUGUGAGAGAGAGAGACAGUGGAGAAUAUCAGCUCAUGAUCAUUAUGAAGGAUGGAGUUAAACAUCUCAGCUCAGUCACAGUCAAUCUAACAGUCACAGUUUUACAGGUGAAGGUGAAUCCUGAAUCUACAGAUGAAGUAAAACUGAUCUGUGAUUCCUCCUGCAAUCUGAAAUCUGACUAUUACAUCUGGUACAAGAAUGGACACUAUUUAGCACCUGGCAAAUCCUUAAUCGUGUCAUCCAGAGGAAACACUGACAGCUAUUCCUGCUCUCAGUACAUAAAUGGCAAAAACACUCAAUCCUCUUCUGUGUGUCUUUCUAACAGUGGCUGUUGGGGUGUGACUUACACCUCUACAAGAGUUUGUGCUUUAGUGGGAUCAACAGUAGAUAUUCACUCUUCAUACUCACAUCCCACUGGAUAUACAGUAAAGAAAACAUACUGGCAUUUACCAAACAAUAAUACUUUGGAUCUGCGUGAGGAUCAUCAGUUUGCUGGUCGUGUGGAGUAUAUGAACAACACACUGAGAAUCAAAGACGUCAACACGAGUGACUCUGGUGAAUAUCGAUUCAGGAUCAUCACUAACACAUUAGAAGGGAAAUUGUCUGGUUAUCCUGGAGUCACUCUCACUGUUACAGAUACACAGGUGAUAAAUAGCCCAAACCCUGUGAUAGAUGGAGAAAAAGUGAUAUUAAGCUGUUCAACCAAAUGCACUCUGGAUAGCAAACAUACUUACAUCUGGUAUAAGAAUGGACAACAGGUAACAGAUGGAUUGAGAUUAUUAAACAAGCUGUACCUGGACUCAAUCAACAGUGAGGAGAUACAAGAGUAUUCAUGUACUGUAAGAGAAACAAUCUCAGUGUUUGGUCAUCUCACAGUCUGUCUGCUGGUGUUUCUGCCUCAGUUUCUCAUUUUAGGAGCUCUGUGGAUGUGGUUUUUCAUCAGCAUGAACAAAUUAAAAUCUAAAAACAGAACUGAUGACAAACAUGAAGAGACUCAAGUGGUGCACAUGUCUGUGUGUAGAUCAAGCUGAACUGCUGGAGUGAUGUCACAACUCUCUCUAUGACAUCAUCACCUAUCAAAAAUCUCUCAGCAGCGACAUCAUUGAUGCAAUGAUGUCACAUAUGGACUACCUGAACAUCUGGGAACUUGACUGUCAAUUUUGUCACCACCCCUUUUUGGGGGAAAACAAACUAGACUUCCCAUAGACUUCCAUACAAAAUAGCAGAACAAAUCAACGUUCGUAUACAGCCGACAGGCGUAAAUAAUAUGAGAGGACUAAAUCUUGCAAAAACAUUGUAAUAUUUUUUUAUCAAAACACAAAGAUUAUCAAGAUCUUUAUGAAGAUAUAUUUUCUACUCUUGAACAAAAAAUACAGCAAAAGGAAGUAUGUAAUUUUUAUAAAAACAGAACAGUCAAACCUGCUCUGUACUGUACAUCAUUAACAAAAGCAAUCAUUACUUUAUUAGUAAAAGUAAUAAUGUAAUAGAUAUUAUAAAUGUACCUACAAAAGAGUUACCACUAAAACAAAGUUAUGGCUUGUUUCUGCAUUUCGAGCAAAAUUACCCACAUUCACUAGAUGGUUUCGUCCAGUCUUACCUCUCAAGACUAGAGUCACAUCUUCUGGAAAAACAGCAACAUGCAAAGAAUGAGAAAAAAAACUAAGGAUACUUGGAAAACACCUUUAUUACAAACUUUAUUAGACACCGGAGAACACACCCACAAAAGUUAUUCAUGUAAACUCAUCAUCUGCUCGCUCUAUUAGACUGCCACUGUCUCCCUGUUAAAACAUGAGUGAAAAUAAACCCUUUAAAUCUAUGUUGUUGUUUUUUU